UCCACUUGCCGCUGCGGUCACCGUAACUCUUCCCGCUGCUAGGGCGGUGACCACCUUCUUUCCGUACUCCGUAGAGGCAAGGCAAUGAUACGGCGAUCGGGGCCCGGCGGCUCGUCGCCGGCUAAGAAGAUAGCCGCGACAGAGAAAACCCCUAUAAACUCUGUCGGCCAGGACGCCCUCUGCACAAUCUUUUCUCUCCUCGGAAUCUUUGACCUCGUUCGAUGCUCUGUUGUCUGCAAAUUCUGGUACAAAAUUAUAAACCAAAAGAAGCUGCUUCAGCAGUUUUGCUGCAAGCAUUUCGCCAAUCAUGGAGGCCUCCACGACGAGCCUGACAUUUCGAAGAAACCAUGGAGAUUCCGGCUCGAGGAAUUAGUUAUGGAGCAUCAGAAGCUGUCUCUGACUCGAGGUCGGGUUACUAUUGAUCAGUGGAAAGGACAUUCCAUCGGGGUUAACCAAUGCCGCAUGAAGAUGGGUACGAUUCUUACUGGUGUGGGUGAUAAGGUUAUGCGUCUCUGGUCAGUUGAAAGCUACAAAUGUCUUGAAGAGUACUCUGUACCAGACACUGUUUCUUUAGUUGACUUUGAUUUUGAUGAGAGCAAGGUAUCUGUUACAAUCUGUUUCUGUAUUAAAAAUUAUCAAAGACAAGAUGAAGAAGGAUGCCCAGCUUCCUUUUCUCCUUCUCAGUCAGGAGCUUUGUAUCUGUGUGAUCUACUUGCUCAUAGUAUAGUUGGACUAAUCGGCACCCAAUUAUGCUUAUGGAGGCGAAAUGGACAGAGGAGUAUCUUUCCGCCACGGGCAGGCACAUUUCCAAAGGGUUUAUGCAUGCGUUACCUUGACCCAGAGGCUGUGAUAGGGUGUGAGGAUGGAAGCAUUCGUGUAUUCGAUAUGUACAGUAGGAAAUGUUCACGGAUCAUGAGGAUGCAUCCUGGGCCUGUAACAUGCUUGUCUUUGAGCGACGAUCAGUUUGUCUUCAGCGGAUCCUCUGCCGGGACCAUAAAGGUAUCGCAUCUUUCGUCCGAUGCAUGCGUAACUACACUAAGGACUCCAGAUAUCACAGGCAUAAAGGCAUUGUGUUACAACCCUCGUUCGGGGUUGGUUUUUGCUGGAUCAAGCGCGGGAUACGUGUCUUGUUUGGAUUUUAGAAAUAGGAGAAAACUGUGGGAGUUGAGAGUGAGCCCGAGUGUCUUGUACUCAUUGGGGCACAUGCAAAAUGAUGACUCCACGCUAGUCGUGGGAGGGAUGGAUGGCGCGCUGCAUGUUUUGGAUCAGAAAACUGGUGAGGGUCUCUGCAGCUACGUCAUGGACAAUACAGCAGCGUCGACUUCCUCGGGAACGGUAGAGAGGAGGAAAGGAAGGAGGCUCUCCGUAGAUGAUUAUAAUUCUUUGAUUGACAAAAUUCCUAGGACUGCUCGGCCUCCAGUCACUUGUCUUGCUGUUGGGAAGAACAAGGUUGUGACCACACAGGGGAAAUACAUUAGACUCUGGAAGUUUACCGGCCACGAAUUAUGAGCAAUGCUCUUGACAUGGCCGUCUGCAGCGACUCUCAGAGCAUUCAGUGCGAGCUUUUGCAAACUAAUGAAGAGAUGCCUGGAAAUUUUCAGGUUCAUGUGACAGCGAUGUAUUUUGGCAUGCAUACUUGAUUUGAGUCCUAGGAGUGUAACAUUACUGUGUUUAGAAUGCCAGUUUGCACCGACGUAGAGUUAUGAAGUUGAUCUUUGUCGAAUUGAAUAGUUUGGUAUCCCUUUUGGAAAUGAUUUGUUGGUGUUUUUCUUCACCAAGUGGAGUGGGAGAAAAAAAUAAAAUAAAAAAUCCUUCCAGUCCUUUUUUUCCCCCGUUUUCCAAGAAAAA